CUUGGUCAGGAUGAUAUUGAAUCAGUGAUAAGAUUGGGUAUUUCAAUGGCGGAAUCGAUAGUUCCCGUCAUCAAAAAGAAAGUUAGCGGACAGUUUGCUGGUGCAGUUGUGGAAGUCCUCACAGAACCAGAACCUGAAGCGUCCCCUCCUCCAGUCCAAUGUGAGGAGGAGCCAGUGGAGAAGUACAGAGCUGCUACCAUUAAUGUUUCCUUGGCUCAGUUCCAGCUGGCCCUCUAUAAAAAUGAGCCAAAACAAGAGGAUUCUUCAUUGAGUCCGUUAAACAAAGGACUGGCAUCAUUUGAGCUGAUAGGGGCAGAGUUAUGUACCAGUAUCUAUAGCAACAGUGAUAUCGAUGUAAAUGCUGCAGUUAAAGACCUAGCGUUGAUUGAUAUGCAAGAAGAGAAUCGGCAAAAAAAUACUGGUAAUCGUGUUAUUCAACAUUAUACCAGCAACCCACUGAAUGCGUAUACUGGAAAGAUUGAUCGUCAUAUAUUAAAGGUGCAGUAUCUCUCCAUUAACAAAGAACACUCAGUUUUGCUCUCUCUACACGAAAUCCUGGCAUUGAGCGAUAUCAAUUUUGUAAAGACGAUCAGCGAUUAUUUCAAAUCAAUAUCAGAACAGAUUGCUCCUCCUAAUCUUGAAGAGCUUCCUGAUUCUCCCCGAGCCAUAGCUAAAGAUCCAGAACCAGUUCUUGAAAAAGAGAAAUCCUUGGAAAGUACAAAGACUAGCGCUAGUGAUGGGGUUUUGGCUAAAUUACAGACUCUGCCUCCGCUAAAAGUCACAGCUAAGUUAGAGAACCUUCGUGUUGCUAUUAUUGAAAAUGUGGACACACCAAAUCCACAGGCACUAGUUCUGAAG